AUGCCCAUCUCAUUUGUUGGCAAUAAAUUGAUAAUCCCAACUUCAUCACCUUGGGUCCAAUUCGAGAAGUGGGCACAGAUCUAUGGCCCCAUCUUCACUCUCUGGAUCGGCCGUCGACCAACAAUCAUUAUCUCUGACCCAAAUGUCGCUGUCGAUCUGCUUGAAAACGGCAGUACCAAGUAUAGUUCCCGUCCUCGCUUCGUGGUGAUGGGUGAACUAUACUGGGAUAACGCGGGCAUAUUGGUUCAACCCUACGGCAAAGAGUGGCAAGUCAGACGUCGCAUGCUCCACCAAGCUUUAAAUCGAUCUGCCCUUAGACUGUAUAAGCCCAUUCAAGAAGCAGAGGCAACGAGAUUGUGCGAAGCUCUGCUGGACGAACCCAGUUAUUACGAAGGCAUCGUCGAUCGAUUUACUGCAAGAAGUUUCUUCGUGGAGACUGUCCCCUGGCUUAAGCACUUUCCGAAUUUUCUUGCACCUUGGAAAGCAGAGAUUCAACGCCGAGGCCGUGAAGAAGCAUCAGCAAACAUGGAAUUGCUUCUUCGCGUACAGAAUGAACUCCGCGACGCAAAAUCUCCCUCUGACAUUCCUGAAUCUCUCACCAAGCUACUCAUUCAAGCCCGCGAAGCCGACCAAACUACCUUCGGAGGACUUAGUGACCGAGAUUUCUCCUUCGUACCAGCAUCUCUUUUCGGCGCUGGCAGCGACACGACUGCAAGCACCCUUUGCAGCGCAAUUCUAAUGCUAGUCACUAAUCCACGAGUCCAAGCUAUUGCACAUGCAGAAUUAGACCACAUCAUCGGAGCGGAGCGCAUGCCGACCUUCGAAGAUGAGCCCGACCUGCCAUACCUAAAGGCUCUAUGCUACGAAACCCUUCGCAUCCGCCCUGUCGCUGUGUUGGGUGGCACACCGCACGCAAACUCAGUCGCAGACACAUGA